UAAUGGGCUGGACUUACGUUUGAACGUACAGCGGGGAAGCAGCGCAGUAAUGGAGCAACCAUUGUGUUUGUGUUAGCUAAUGACGUUUCUGUCAGAUAGAAUGAGAUUAACUCGUGUAGAGACAGUUUAACUCGGUUAAAAUGUCGUAUUCUACACAAGGUUACGGAUGUUUGAUCUCAUUACGAAGCACUGCGCAGUAACGUAACGUCUUCGCUUUGGGAUUGUUGUGACAGUAAGAUGCCUAUCCGAGCAUAUUGCACGAUUUGCUCCGAUUUUUUCGAUCACUCCAGAGAUGUUGCUGCCAUCCACUGCGGACAUACUUUCCACUAUGAAUGUCUUCUCCAGUGGUUUCAGACAGCCCCGACAAAAACCUGUCCACAAUGUAGAAAACAGGUCAGCACCAGACACAUUAUCAGCAAGCUGUUCUUUGAUAUUGGUGGAGAGGAGGAGGCCUCAGCAGACCCUGAAAGCUUGCAGAAUGAGCUUGAUAGGAUGAAGGCACUUUUAAACUCUAAAGAGCAAGACUGGCGAGAGAAACAGAAGGUGGCGGACAGUUUGAAGGACACUGUAGACAAGCAGAGGAGAGACCUGGACAGUGCACGGAAAGAGAUUAAGGAAAAGGAGAUGCUCUGUUCUGCCCUCAGACAACAGAUGACAUACCUGGAGAUGCAACACAAUGAAGCUCAGGCUGCCAAGGAGGAGGCCCGGAGACUCAGGACCAAAAUGAAAACCUUUGAAAGCCUGGACAUGUUGUUGCAGGGCCAGAGAGCAGAGGUGGAGUCCAUGAUCACAGACAUGGGUGUCAGCCAGGCGGCAGUGGAGCAGCUCUCCAUCUACUGUAUUUCGCUCAAAAAAGAGUAUGAUAAUCUAAAAGGAGGCCUGAAGUCUUCAAAUGACAUGUGUGAGAAGCUGAAGAGAGAAGUGCUCGCCUCAAACAACAAGUUUCAAAAAGCCUCAAUGGAGGCGAAUCAGACUAAAGAGGACAUGAAGUCUCUGCUGAACGAUCUGGCCAAUGCUGACAAAGAGAUCUCUAGUCUGAAGAAGAAAGUGGAGUUUCUUCAGCGAACCCUGAGCACCCCGACACGGACAAAUGAAGCUCUCAGUCGGCUCAUCUUUGAAAGCCCAGCCCCAGUGGACUUGAAGCAGCCUCGCCUUCAUCAUCCGACAGAUAGCGAGGACAUUGACCUCAACAUGACUUAUGACAUCACUACUCCGGACGACGUGGCCAAGAGGCCAAAACAGGUCCCAUCCAAGAAGAUGCGACUUGACCCUCCAGCGUCGUCGGUGUCCAAACACAACGAGAGAAGUUUAUCUCAAAGCAAGGCUCGAGAUGAGGAGGGAUCCAUGGAUCCUUUUUUGAGGAACUCCCUACUCUUCAGAAAGAAGACUUUCGGUAGCAUGUUGGAUCCUCAGCGGAAGCCCGGCGUUUUGAGAACUGGUUAUGAUGGUUUAGGAGGACGUACUAAAUUCAUCCAACCUUCUCCUUUAUCAGAGAUUCGCCCCCUGAUGAAAGCUAAAAGGAAAAAGGUAACCAGGCCUCCACCCAAGAUUGCAACUUGCCUGACUCUGGACAGCUUCCUCGAGUAAAUGUUGACCUCUCCUUCCCCCGGAUAUGGAGUUAAAUGUCAGGAUGCUGUAGCAUGUUUUGGCUGCUCUGGCACAGAGAAACCAGCCUGGCUGCAGUUCUGCCACUCGGCAACAAACAGGACUUUAAUAUGAAUUUAACUUUAUUUAAAAACAGUAACUGACAUCCGUCUUAAUGACAGAUGUGUUGACUUAAACCUGUAUGUAGAGACUCUUGAGCCUUUGCUUCAGUCUUCUCUUGUUAUGUGGAUGUCUGUAUGUCAGAGACAAACCAACUUAUUUGCGGGCCAUUCGAAUGUCAGUGCUCUGUAUUAUGUCAUUCAUAAUCACUGCUGCAUCAUUCCCUGUACUCUGAAAAAUCAUUUGUUUCGUGCUUAUUUAAAAUCCUCCUUAAACGCAGACAUGAGGCUAUGCCGUAGGAAUUUUUUUAGUUUUAAUGGACCUGCCAAAUGUAAACCAACUCAAAUAAUAAACAAGAAUUUUUUUUA